UGCUCCGCCCGGGCAGCAUUUGAAAAUACAAGUGAAGGGAGGAGACCGACAGUUAGUGGAGAACUCGGUUAACUAAGCACUUUUUAUUGAUAACUUACCUGUCCUUCGUUUACUUCAGCUAAAGUUACGUUUUAAGCUUCAGUGAUGUCUGGGGAGCUUGUGUGUUCAGUGCCAGAGGAGGCGAGAAACGCCGAGACGGAAAACAGCGUUGAAAUCAUCAUCAAACUGACCAGUGAAGAUCCACCGAGCGACCACGACCAUAAUGUCAACCAGCAGACAGAAGCACAGACAGAGAGCUCCAACAACGAGAUCAGACCAAACCACAGUCUGGUCUCUAAAGAUUUAUUUCGUACUGAAGAAGAAGAUGAUGAGGAAGAAGAUGAUGAUGAUGAUGAUGACGACGAUGACAGUGGCACCCAUUAUCUGAAUAGUGACGUGAGACCAUGUACUAAUCUACAGCGAGCAGAGAGGCAAGGAAACGGAAAACUGCCGGACACCUUCCAGACAGACCAUCUUCUCUACUACGAGAGAUUCAAAGCAUAUCAAGAUUACAUGCUUGGUGACUGUAAAACGUCUGAAGUAGAAGCCUUCACGGCGGAGUACCUGGAGAAGAUCGUGGAGCCGUGUGAUUGGCAAGCCAUAUGGCACACGGAUGUGUUUGAUGUGCUGGUGGAAGUUGUUGAAGUCGAUUGUAAGGCGCUGAAGGCAAAGGUGGAGCUUCUGCUGCCAAUGGAGUGUGAGACCAGAGGCUGUGAUCUGACUGAAGAGGCCAUGAAGGUCCUGCUCGAGGCUACUCUUCAUAAAGUACCUCUUCUGGAGCUCUCGGUUGUCUAUGAUGAAUCCGGGGACUUUGAUCAGACCGCUUUGGCCCUGGAACACCUUCGAUUUUUCUAUAAGCAUAUCUGGAGGAAGUGGGAUGAGGAAGAUGAGGACGAUGACUUUGAUUACUUUGUUCGGUGUGUGGAGCCUCGUCUUAGGCUGUACUAUGAUAUCUUGGAGGAUCGCGUUCCAGCUGGUCUUGUAGCCGAGUAUCACUCGACACUGGCACUCUGCUCUGAGAAGUUUCAGGAGUUUUCAAGCCUGAGAAGUGGCCUGGACAGCGACUCCGAGUCUGAGCAAGACAACGUAUCCAUGGUGGAAGGACUGCGCCUGUAUGAGCAGCUGGAAGCACUUAAGCGCAAGCUGCGUAUUUUUGAAAACCCUCUGCUCAGGUACGUUCUGGGCUACAAGGUGAACUCCGGUCAGCAGUCAUGCAGGGCAAAGGGGCCACGUCCCGCUGGCGGCCGAGUAGUUCACUUGGUAUCUGCCUCGGUCACAGUUCACCAGCUUCAAAGCUUGAUAACUGAUAAACUGAUGCCCCACUAUUCAAGUGAAGAGUUCGAAGUGCAGUUUCACAGUGACCCAGUGCUUGCGGUCAGUGCGUGUUAUGAAGGGGACGUGGUCAUCGUAUGCCCUGGCCUUUACAGCAUCACCAGCUCCAUCAGUAUUGUUGACUCCAUCGAGGUUGAAGGAUACGGUCUGCCGGACGAGGUGGUGAUCGAGAAGCGUAACAAGGGUGACGCUUUUGUGGAGUCAACAGGGGCAAAUGUCAAACUCUCGAAUCUAAAGUUCAUACAGCACGACGCCAUUGAAGGCAUCUUGUGUGUUCGCCAGGGGAAGCUGGAAAUGGAAAAUUGUGUGAUGCAGUGUGAGACCACAGGUGUGAUUGUGCGAUCGGCGGCCCAGCUCGGCAUGAACAUGUGCGACCUGUACGGCUCCAAGGGUGCCGGUGUGGAGAUCUACCCUGGGAGUGUGUGCAGUCUGGUGGGCAACGGCAUCCAUCACUGCAAGGAGGGGAUCCUGAUUAAGGAUUUUGCAGACGAGUUGGACGCCAUGCCUAAAAUCACCAUGGUGAAUAAUGUGAUCCACAACAAUCAGGGCUAUGGUGUUAUCUUGGUCAAGCCAGGUGAUGCUGCCGUGGAGGAUCUUCCCGCAGAGCUUAAUGCCGCAGAUGAGAAAGAGGAAGAAUCUGAGGACACAGGAGUAAAAUCAGAGACAGACAUAAAUGGUGAUGGUGGUGAUGAUGAUGUGCCUGUCAUUGUUGUGGAGGAAGAGUGCCCAGCCAUCAAACAUGGCCACUCAGUCUCUCCAGACUUCGCUGAGGGAAAUGAUGCCAUCAAACAAGAGUUGGUUGCCACAUCGGCCAAGAAACACAGGCUCCAGAAGAGCCGGAUGAAAGCACUAGGGGCCAUGCAGGCUGAUGAGAAUCUGCUCUCACAGGAAAUGUUCAUUUCCAUUCAUGGAAAUCAGUUCAAGCACAAUGGAAAGGGAAGCUUUGGCACCUUUCUGUACUGAAGGCUUUUUAACCUUAAGCAUGCACAGACACACUUUAGUGUUUAAUUAUUUAUUGUGUGUUUCUUCAAUUUUGCUUCAUUCAUUUUGUGAGCUUUCAUUAAUUACUAUGUGAGUGAAAUGACAAAUGAAUUAAAUGGGCUAAAAUGUG